GGAAGUUAGCAAGGAUGCAACAGCAACAUGAGCAGAGACACGACAUCACUGCCGAUUGUUGUUAUCAGCAAUGGGCUACACAUCAUCAGGGUCAUCAUAGUCAGUCCAUCACUAAUGUGCCAUCACCUAUGCAACAAAUGGAAGCGUGUUUGCAAUCAGCUGGAAGAGUGAAACGAUCCCGUAGCCCUCCGAACUUACCGAAAAAUGUGUUGACUUCGCGGGUUGCAAAUUCAGUCUCUUCUACGGUUACCAUCGAAUCUCGUAAUGACAGCAAUAACAACAAUCAUCAUCACGGAGAUCAUCAUCCCAGCGAAAAUGGCGCUAAUUCGGCGGAAGAAGUCAGUUCGAAAAGGCCACUUCAUCCUGCUUUGGUCGGUGCUGGAGCUGCUCUCGAGGCGAAACCACUUUGGGAAGAAUUCCAUCAAUUAGGAACCGAAAUGAUUGUUACCAAAGCUGGAAGAAGGAUGUUCCCUACCUUUCAGGAAAUUUUAAUUUUGCAGUGUCGGUUUUUCGGUUUGGACCCAAACACCGAUUACCUAUUAGUGAUGGACUUCGUUCCCUGCGAUGACAAGAGGUACAGAUAUGCUUUCCACAGCAGUGCAUGGGUAGUUGCUGGUCGUGCGGAUCCGGUCUCACCCCCGAGGAUCCAUGUUCACCCUGAUAGUCCUGCCAGUGGUGCACACUGGAUGAAGCAACCGGUUUCAUUUGACAAGUUGAAACUCACCAACAAUCAACUGGAUGACAACGGACAUAUAAUCUUAAACUCGAUGCACAGAUAUCAACCACGUUGUCACGUGGUAGUGGCACCCUCACCACCCGGUUCGGCUCCAGAUCCUCGCACAGAAAACUUCAAAACGUUCACUUUCUCCGAGACUCGAUUCACCGCGGUAACAGCCUACCAGAAUCAUCGUAUAACUCAGUUGAAGAUCGCUAGCAAUCCAUUUGCCAAAGGUUUCCGUGACUGUGAAUCCGACGACUGCGAUUCAGUUGCAGUUUCCAGCAUGCAAAACCCUGCGAAAAGACCAGCAACCGCGAGUACUAGCGUACUGUCAUCCAGUUACGUGAACGCUAUACCUGCUGUACAAAUUCCAAGCAUAUCGAGUCAAGAGCAUCAUCAGUUCUACGGCCCAACAGCGACGGGACCAUGGGCUUAUCCUGCACAUCAUGGACAAUCAACUGCGCACAUAAAUUCGGUUCAUUAUCCUGCGCAUCCUCAUCAUCCUCAUCCAGGAGCGUCUUUGUAUGGACCACGAUAAUUCAGGAUGUGUUUCUUUAUUUCCUGCAAAAAUGUUGGUGAACGCUUCAGUGAAGUUUCUUUUUUAUGUGGGAAAUUGUGAUCGUGAUAAGAUAGAUACAUACUUGUAUGAUAGCAAAAUGUAUCUGAUCCGUAAAAAGAGACUUUUCAAAGAUUUAUAAAAGGUAUCGAAAUAAUCGGUGAUUGAGGGGAUCGGUAGGAUUUAUGACUUAAUGCCUUGUCAGCGGAUUUUAAUGUAAUUAAAACAUGUACCGAAGAGUAAGUAUUAUACGAUUAACGAGUCAAACAAGUCGUGCCUUAUCAAAGACUAAAUCAUAGAGAAUAUUUUCGAAAGUUAUACCAAAGAUGUCAAUAAUCUUAAGUAUUUAGUAUAGAAUCAACUAAAUUAUAUUCGUAUCUAACGCGUUGUUGUAAGUAGAAUUUUAAGAGCGGUUUAUUAAAAAGAAAUAAUAUUUUUGUCGUGUUUCCUUUAGCAGAAGAUCCUCGAAUAAAUUGUUGUAGCCAUUAUCUACAUUAUUUAUUAUUAAAAACAUAUAUCUUUGAUAAAUAACUUUUAAAAUGUUAAAGUACUUAUGACAUUCGUUAAACGUGCCUUAAUGCUUGACAAUUUAUUGGAGAAUCUCGACGAAGGAUAAAAGAGUUGAAAUGUGUCACCGUUGUACACGAUGAUCGAAUCGUGUGAUACAAAUCGGUUGAUGUCGUAGAUCGUGGUUGAACGGUCGAAAAAGAAAGUGCCUUUUGUAGGAGCAAAGUGCAUCUAUUUAUACAGGGUGUCUGAAAUGCCAAACGAGCCUAAAACGUUCUCGAGCCAAGACAGGAAAAGUAAACGCACCGUGACAACCCAUGAGAGAGCUUGGCUACUAAGUGCCUUAAUAAAUUAUUCCCCAAGUAUCGUGUGCCAUUGUGUUUCGAAACUUUCCUCCCUAUUCAAACUUACGCUUAUCCCUGGAGAACCUACUAGUAUUAAGCAACUCAAGAGCGCUUCUAAUUACACAACUGUUGCUGUACAUGUUCAAAGGAAAAUAGAAUGAAGGAGAACUUUGUGAAAUAAACGUGAACCUGAUGUCAA